AUGGCGACUACUUGGGACGCCUUCCUCUCAGAGAUUGCACAAGUGCAAGUGUUUCUUGAUAACCAGAAGAAGGUGGUUGACAAAAAGAGCCUUGCAGAAUGCAUGGCUGCACAUGUGAAGCAGAUCACAUCGCGCUCCAAUCUCAUCACCACCGCAGAAGGGGCAACCAAGUUCAGUGACCUCAUCAGUACUGGACCGUGGACAGACGACCAGAAGGUGCAGCUAGGCACGUGGGCUUCAGAGAUUCUGCUCCAGUCAUCCCCGGGCGGUCAAUCCAAGAAGCGUGAAAGUCAAGUGGUGACUGCCUUCCACCAAUACUUUUCCAAGCACGAUGUCGAAGUACUCAGCAGUGCACAAACAGUGUUGCAGCUGAAACUUCAGUGUAUCGUGGAGCGACUGGUGAAAGUUGGCUGCAACUUGCCAACUGAACAGAGCUGGCGCGUGAUCCUCCAAGCUGCUGUGGUUGCGGGACUUGAACUUCAUGAUGAAACAACUUCUGUAGCUCUACUGCGGCAAAUGAAGACGAUGCUCAGAAAGCAGCCAGUUGUUGUGCCGCGCCACUUGGUCAGAUUUCCGCCCAAGCCCCACGACCUGGAAUGGCUUUCCACUGCGUACACUGCAGAGGACCCUCCACAUCAUUUGGACGAGUCUGAAGUCUUGAAGCAGGAUGUGACCUUGCGUGUCAGUGGAAAGAAUGGUGACAAGUCAAGAGCCAGUGGGUCAUUAGGCUCAAAGGCCUUGACAGUCCAUGACACUGGUGCUGCACCUUCGCGUCCGCAUGAAGGCCCGUCUCAAGAGAUGUGGGCCCAUAUGGGUGCCAUGAUGAUGCAGAUGAUGAUGCAUGGUGGCAGCGCCAACCCGAACAACGCAAACAUCCAGCUCACCAAAAAGCACAAGAGGUUGGAGGAUGGAGCUGCAGAGCAGCAGGGUGGAACGGGUCAACCUUUGGCCCUUUCGAACAAGACCCCUGCAGCUGGCAAUGUCCCUCCCGAACCGUCCAAAGGGCCAGACGAUUCUGCCGCUGAAAAGGCUCCAGCCCAUGAAGGGCAGCCGCAAGGCGAUGCAGUCUUGUUGAGCUUGCCUGAAAACCAACCUUCAAUGAAAAAGCCAGCUGCGGCCAAUCCUAAAGCCAAGGCAAAGUCCAGCUCGAAGGGCUCGGGCAAAGCUAAGCUCAAGGCAAAGGCAAAGACUAAGUCUAUUGCCAAGGCAGGUGGUUCAGGUAGUGGCAAGGCUGGUGGCAAGGGGCUGAAGCCAAAGACUCUCACUCGCUGCAAAAACGGCUGGAGAAUCGAUGAGCGUGUGAGAGAGUCCGGCCAGAAAGACAAGCAGUACAUCAGCCCAGAUGGCAAGAUGUUUCGAACUUUGACUUCGGCCACUGAAGCCGGCUUUGUAGGGUAG